CCAAUACGCUUCAAUCAUCUGUUUUUCAAAAAUUAAUAUUUUAACUAACAAAUCUUAAAACGAAGUACUUUAUCUUUUUAUUAUUUUUGGAUUUAUUAUGAUAUCCGUUAAGAUUUUGGUCCCUUCUCCUUAUAAUCCAAAGCGAUGACGUGUAUCUCCAUCUUCUCAACGGCCUCGCCUCCGACCUCCAUCAAAGCCGGCGAACUUUCAAUAGGAUUACAACUGAAUUCGGUAUCCAGAUGAAGGGCAGAAAAUAAUUAUAACAAAUUCACCUACCGACGAGGGAAAACUUUUCGAACCCCUUCCUCGCUUCCGCGCCUCUCCAACGACCGUAUAAACCCUAAGUCUCCCUGCGAAAAAACCCCAAAACCCUAGCCUUCCGAUCCUCUCGAUCUCACCUCCAUGGGGAAACGCUCUCGUGUGUGGAGGUCCUCCAGCAUCGGGGCGGGCAGCCCCCUCGACAAGAUCUUCUGCCGUGAUCCCGCCGACACUUGGGAAGUGAAAUCCGCUCCAGCUCCUCCACCGCCGCCGCCUCCAGAUAAUCCCGCCGUCACCGAUCGUCCGUCGCCGCCGCCUUCGACGCCGCCGCAUGGGGAGACGGAUCUUGAGGUGGUGGAGGCCCUGCCUCCGACGCCCAAGAAGAGGAUAGCUUCGCCCAGGGCUCCGAUCUUCUCCGAGGCAAGGAAGAAGGCUCCAGAGGGGAGGCCGACCUCCCCGGUGAUCUUUUCGGUGGAGGCCUCGUGUCAAGAGCGGAGCACCGAGGAUUUUGUGCCGAAGAAACCUGAGGAGUUGUUCGAGUCCUGCUUCUUCUGUAAGAAUGUGCUUAAAGCCAAUAAGCCCAUAUACAUGUUUGGGUAUAUGCGUGCAUUUUGCUCUCCUUUCUGUCGAGCCAAGCAGAUGAAGCUAGAGGGAGUGGUGUUGACGACGAACACUAAAGCAAGUGAAGUCAGUCCAACUUAUGUAGACAAGAAAUCUGGAAGCACAAGAAGUCAAUUGAGCAGUUGACAUGAAGAAGUUUCAGAUUUUUUGUAGAAUCUUUAACAGGAUGCUGGUUCCCUAACUACAGGUGUUUUCAUGUAAAUAAUUUUCCACUCAUCAUCUAUAGUUUCUUUGUAUAUAGUUAGGAGCACCUUAGUUGAAGAAUGACAAAGAUUUGGAUUGUUUGAUUUGUCCCCCUCCUUGUUUGUCAAUUCUAUGGAUUCUAAAGAAUCUUGUAUAGGAUUAGAGAUGGCUGUUUUUAGCCCACAUAUUAUAAUGGUGAACACAAAGCAGCUUUCCACAAA